AAAAAGGUCAGUUGGAUCCACAGCAACGCCGCGCGCACUUGGAGAUGGCAUCACCAACGAGCACCGGAAAUUCACGGCCUAUAAAAUCACAUUAAGAGAAUCUACUGUUGAUUUCCCCCUACUGUUUUUUCUCUCUACCCAAGUACCUUGACAAAUGUCUUCGCAAACUUCAGACACAGAAGUACCCCCGAAGCCGGUUGAGACGUCUCCCCUGCUCUCCUCUGCCAAUCAACCAGGAGGCACAGAGACGCGCGACCAACAGCCGCCACAGCAGCCGCCGCCCGUCAAUACAAACGUGAAGCCCGCCAUGGACCACAGCACUCAGACGCCCGUCCAGCGCCUUCCAAAGGUCGACACCGACAUGGCGUGGGCAACGCCGGCGGGGCUGCGCAUGAGGGACAACAACGACGAGAGCCAGGUGCUCACGAUCUUCCGGCGCGCGGUGGGCAUCAACAGCGACAAGGCCGGCACCUUCACGGACAGCGAGACGCUCGAGAAGGGGCGGAGGCGUGCCGUCGGCGUGUACAAGAGCGUCAUCGAGCAGCAGCGGCGCAAGAGACUGGUACACCACACGCUCGGGAUCGUGCUCUACAUCUCGCACUUCCUGCAGAUCGUCCUCGCCGCCGUGCUGACGGCGCUGGGACCCAACGCCAAGAACUACGAGGUGCCCAUUACCAUACUUGGUGCCGUCAAUACCGUCGUCGCUGGCGUCCUAGCGCUUCUCAAGGGCUCGGGUGUCAUUGAACGUGUUUCCAAGGACGAGGUUGAUUUCAAGAAGUUGCAAGACUGGAUAGAAGAGACGGAGGCCAUGAUCUCAGUCGGAAUACUGGGGCGGAGCCGGAAGGACGUGGGGAUCCUGGUCGAGCAAGCGUUCCGCAAGUACAACGCGUGCUUUGGGCAGGCUUACGAGAUCAUGUCGUCCUCCAACAUCCAGGGGAUGGGCGACUCCAGGGAUAGGGACGAUGACAGGUAAAAGCAGGAAAGAAAGAAGAAAGUCCGGGAGGGGGGCGCCUUGCCCGAGCUUACCACAUGUGGUUGAUCAUUUCCCCAUUUUCCAUUCUUACGGAGUGGCUUAUUAGUCCUGGGUGGGCAGUGUAGUUGUCUACAGCCUCACAAGCACUCCCCAAUGUCUGCCCAUUUAGGAAUAGUGUGAGGGAGAUAAUAUGGCG